GCUCUUCAAGGAGAACGUUGUGUUCUUGUUGCAAUCAGCCAUGGAUUUCUCAGGGGCAUUCUCAAAAGUUGAUUCAGACAAAAAUAUUUAGCGCUGAUGCUGAACUUGAUAUGCCCCUAUCUCGUUCUAUUGAAUAUAAUCAGAAAGAACCGAGGAAGGCACGAGAUGAAUCAUAUAUGUCAGCAAGAACCACUCAUAUGAUAGAGAAUGGGAUUCACCCUAUAUCUCAUGUCCGAUACACAGAACUCAAGGUUAACUCUGAUACUGAAUCGGAAGUUCAUUGUUCUGACAAUGAUGAUGCAAGUGCUUUGAUUCAUGAAAGAGACAAUCCCAAGGAAGAUAAAUCAGCUCCGAGAGAUCCAGUAUCUGUUCUCAAGCCUUCAAUUUUGGUCUCACAGACACAAGUUGAUUCUAAGUCCCAUGGUAGUACAUCUGUAGCAUCUACUGUUGCUAUCGGCCAUGGACUGGAGGAACUUAACUGGCAACAAGUUGGAAGCAAGGCUGAUCUCCCUUCGUCAACUGCACCCAUCGUUGACAAUCACCCUUCAUCAUCAAAUGCAAUGAAACCCCCAAUUGAAGUAUCAAAACAAAGAAUUGAUAUUACCGGAAAUCAUGAAAUCGAUCAAACAUCUGUGGUGGAAUCUGGGGAAUUGUACAAGGGAGAAGUCAUGCCACUUACAACAUCUGAAACAGAACAAUGGAUUGGGAAGGACUCUUCUAAAGUUACUGAAGAUUUGAAGGUCUUGCUGUCACAGUUGUCUACAACUCGAGGGCUUGAGCAAUCAACAAGCGCAAUGAGUCCGAGAUUGUCUACAAAUAGUGGAAGUGCAAUGAGUCCGAGAUUGUCUGCAAAUAGUGGAAGCGUAAUGAGUCCAAGAUUGUCAGCAAAUAGUGGUGAUUUGAAAGCUUCGGAUACUUCCAAUUAUUUUGGAAUGCAGAUACAUAACAAGAGGAUCUCACUUGAAAGAAAUGAGUCUGGGCUGUCUGUGGAUGGGAGCAUUGUCAGUGAAAUUGAGGGUGAGAGUAUGGUUGAUCGAUUAAAGCGUCAAGUUGAGCAUGAUAAGAAAAUUAUGAACGCUUUGUAUAAGGAGUUGGAGGAAGAAAGAAAUGCUUCUUCAAUCGCUUCAGAUCAAGCAAUGGCCAUGAUUACAAGACUGCAAGAGGAGAAGGCAGCACUCCGUAUGGAAGCACUCCAGCAACUAAGAAUGAUGGAAGAGCAAGCCGAGUAUGAUAAUGAAGCGCUGCAAAAGACAGACGACCUUCUUGUCGAGAAGGAGAAGGAAGUACAAGAUCUGGAAGCGGAGCUGGAAUUUUAUAGGAAUAAGUAUCCCAAUGAAUCGAUGCUAGAUAAUCUGGCAGAGACAACCGGUGAUAUUCAGGCAAGGGAUAUUGGGGUUGUUCAUUCCGAAUCAAGCAGCAUGGAACAUAGUUCAAGUGUACAUAAACAUGUGGAUAAUGGAAAGCCUCAUACACACAGCAAAGUUGAAGGAGCCGCUACGACUUUUGGUGACAAGGAUGGUAGUAGUGUAAAAGCUACACUUUUGGAUUUCGAAGAUGAGAAGAUACAAAUCUUACAGUAUUUAGAGAAGUUAGAGAAGUCACUUUCUUUGUUCUCUGCCAAUGGGGUAAACUCAGAUUCGUCCAAAGGUGAUUGUUCUAAAAAUGGAGGUUCCCAAGAAAACCCUCUGUCAGUGCAACAUGAAGUGUCUGUAUCAUCGUCAAAUGACAAGGGACAGUGUGAAAUUCGUUGCAGUGGGCCAAACUCCGCAGAUCUCUGUCAAGUAACAGAUUUAGCUUCUCUCCGGAUCCUGAGUUCCAAUAUGAUCAAGAGGUUGAAGGCACUGGAGGCAGACCGAGAGUUUCUUGAACACACGAUUAACUCACUUAAACACGGUGAGGAGGGACUGACGUUCAUUCAAGAUAUAGCUUCUUACCUGGGAGAACUACGACAAAUCGGGAUAAGAAGAGAUCAAACAUCAGCUUGAGUAUGUAACGCCCUAACAAAAAGUGGCAUGCUUACAUGACAUGAUCUUCGAGAAGUUAGAAGGCGGGUACCUGUUUAUCGAGUCUUUGGAUUGAAUAAAUUGAAGAAGAACCAAGAGACAAAAGGAACGGAAGGACCAGAAAACGAGAGAACGGGAGUUUGAAAAUCACUACCCUCGAAGAUUUGGCGUAUCAUGUGUACAGUAAUACUUGCUUUUUUUUUUUUUUCCCCUCAACAGUCAACAAAAAGAAAAUAGUAGGAUUUGAGUCCCUCCCUUAUACUAUACAGUUGGUCGUUUUUCUCCCUUCGCCCGCCUUUUUUGGGGUCUGAGACCGUCUGACAUAUUUCACAUUUUACUUUGGAAAUAUGUAGAUUUGGUGAGCUUUUUGUUUUUAUUUUUGUUUCUUUUACUAAUUGAGUUUGAGUGGGAGUUUGUUUAUUUGGUAAUAUUCUUCUUUUUUUUCACCAUUUUUUGCUUUUAAUUUUUAAUGGAGUGGAUGAGUGAUUGAAAUGUAAAACGGGUGAAUAUUGUGUGUAAACUGUCAAGUAUCAAUAAGAAGAUUGAUGUCAUUCCAUUUUGUGCAA